UUUACACUAAUUUCAUAAACAAAUAAUGAUAAUUUGGCUCUGUUCUUCUUCUGCCCACUGUCCAGACAAUCCCUUUGCGACGCUCCUGUUUAGACUUUGAAGCUUUACCAUAGUGAUUUGAGUCGAUGUUUAAGUGUCCAAAAUCGCCACCUUUCUUACCAGUUCCUUCAUUUCGAGAUUGGCCCAUUGAGCCAAUUGAAGAACAAUUGUAGAGGCAUUGGCACACAGCCAGAUUGUUGGGUAUUGUUGAUGCAGUCGUUGAUGGUUGUGGGAGAAAGGCCGAUGACGGCGAUGGUGGUGUCGAGACGGUGAUUUAAAGCAUGCAAAUUCAAGAAAAGGAAGGAGAGGGGGGCUGGGUUUCCGGCCUUAUACAGCAGCAUGAGGAUGGAGGAGAUGAGGGAAGGGAGAGCGGGAGACAGAGAGAGCUGUACAGAGGUCGGAGGGAGAAGGGGGGACGGACAAUGCCGCCGCCGGAGGGCCAUCUAGCCGAUGGAAAAAAGAAGGGGAAGAAGAAAGGGGAAUGUCAAGGGGUAUUGUGGUAAUUUCACUGCUAAUAACAUUUAAUUCUUAUCUAAAAUUCCUUUUAUUCCAGGUUCCGUUAGGGCAGUUAACGAUUAUUUAACGGCCGCCACCUUAUUAGCCACCUUAUUAAAAACCGGAGGUAAACUCCGGCCACCAUUCUGUAAUUUUUAAAGUCCGGCCAAUAUUUUGUAAAAUUUGGAAAACUAUGACCACCACUUUGUCAUUUACUCUUAUAUUUUAUCAACUUUUCUUUAUAUGUCUGGACUUGCUACCGUGGACUGUGGUGUUGUAAACAAGUUCCAACUCAAAAUACCAACAGCUAUAACAAAAACCAUUUCAUUUCUAUUUCUGUUUCUUCUGCAAUAAUGUCUGGUUCAACAGUUGAGCACUUUACCCAUCCAAAACACCCAUUGAGAUUGAAAGAGGAUGAUGUUAUUGAAUCUGAUGCUACCUGUUCUGUUUGCGACCAAUCCGUUAUUGGCUCUCCAACAUAUACUUGCAGUCGCAACUAUAUCGCUUGUCAAAAGUUCUACCUUCAUAAGAGCUGUGCUCAACUUCCCGCAGAGAUUGUUCGCCCUAUGAAAGACCCACACCCGCUUGCUCUACAGCGACGGUCUAGUUCCAGUUGUAAUAUUUGUCGUCGUCGUCAUCUGAGGGUCACUUAUGCAUGUGAGGAUUGUGAUUUUGACAUAUGUGUCAUUUGUGCUUUUGCUUUUGAAAACAGAGUGAUUAGUCAUCAAGGUCAUCCAGAGCACACACUCACUUUGCAGAGGCAAGCUUUGUUUAGCUGUGAUGCUUGUUACGAGAAAACGGAAGAUUAUUCCUAUGUGUGCCUCCCCUGUGACUUUUGGUGCCACAAAAAGUGUGCUGCUUUUCCUCCCAUAGUUCCAUCUCCUACUUAUCACCACCAUCCUCUCACUCUUAUCUUCUCUAUUCCACUCGAGCAUCGCUACUUCUCUCGUCACUGCGCCAUCUGCAAAGAACGGAUUGGAACCCGCAGUUGGUCAUAUUACUGUCACACAUGCACAUUCUUUGUGCAUAUGAAAUGUUCCACGUCCACAAUCUCUUUCCAAAACGAGAUGGAAGAAAAUGUCAUUGUUGAUAAUAAUUCUGAUUUGGUACAAUUUCCUCUACCGGGCGUGGAAUCACUAUUUGAUUUCAUUAUCACCCAGUGUAGCAAGUUUCAAGUUGAAAUUCAAGGGGAUGAUGAAAACAGGGCCACUCUAUCAACAGUGAAUGAUGAUCCACAUAUUAUUGUAAGACACUGGAGUCACCGGGAGCAUCCACUGGAACGGCUCCACUUCACUGUUAGUGUAGAUGAGAAUGACGACGAUAAUAACAAUGACAAUGAUGUUGAUAAAAGGGCGUUGAUAUGUGAUGGGUGCGUUCAACCCAUAACGAUUUCUCAUCCAAGUUACUAUGCGUGUGUGGAAUGUGGUUUCUUCCUCCACUCCUUCUGUGCCAAUAAGCUGCCACGUGAGUUGCCUGCAGGAGCAUCUCCUUUUCACCCCCACCAUUCACUCCUUCUCAACCAGCUCCUGAAAUUCUAUAGUUUUGUGCAAUGCGUAAUUUGCAAUAGCCUCACGAACGGGUUCUACUAUGAAUGUAAGACUUGUGAUAUCAAGGUCGAUCUCCGCUGUGUAUUCUUGCCCACCAGAGUUAGGCAUCAAUCUCACAAACACCACUCCCUCAUUCAGCGCCCAUCCACCAGUGAAACGUGUCCUGUAAGUGGUUUUUCUAUUACUGAUACAUUGGUAUAUGCAUGCGAAACUUGUAGUAGCGUCGAGAUUAGUAUAUGUUGUGCAUUUUAUCCAAGUAGGAUGAAACACAAGUAUGACGAUCACUCUCUCAUCUUGAGACUCCCUCCAUUCUUCUACGAGGGAGUAUUUUAUUGUCAAAUUUGUGAAGAACAAGUGAAUAAUCAGUGGUGGCUUUAUCAUUGUGACAAAUGUGAUCAGUCUUUUCACGACUAUUGCCAAUGUUCAUACAAUAAUGUCAAACCAGGAGGAACAAUCAAGCAUAGUAUUGACAAUAAACCACACACACUUGCACUGGUUUUAAAGACAACUACAAGAAGGAAAACUCCACCCUUCUCAUGUGCUAUUUGUGGACAUGGCUACAGAAAUCAGUUCUUUUUCGAAUGUGAUGGAUGUGGAUAUCUUGCCUGCGUCUUCUGUAUAAGAAGAGUACAUGGUGCAAAUAAGUUUUGAUCUCCCCAGGCUUAAUUCGGAUCUCCCCUCCCUCGUCAUCUGUUUUUUGUAUUCUUUCGAUUUCGUGAUUUGUUUGCUAAAAUUUGCUAUUUUUUUUUUUUUUUAUACUUCUCAAGUAAUAUCACCGUUGUUCUCAUC